CUCUCUGCCUCUCUGUCUUCAACACACUCAAACACACACCCUCCACCCCCAUUGCUGCAGUGUCUCAACUGCCUUGGAGCAAGCAAAAGAGGAUACAGAACACAGACGGUUAUAAGACAGAGGAAGAGGGCUGCUGAAAGACACACACACACACACACACACACAGAGAGAGAGAGAGAGAGAGAGAGGGAGAGAGAGAGAGAGAGGUGUACUUUUUGUGUGUACUGAAUAUGAGGACGACAAGAAGAUGGAGCAGAAGCACUGAAGGUGGAUUGCACUGAGCCUUUUCUCUUCUUGCAAGGCUUGUCUGCAGUAUCCUUUUGUAAACGGAUGCCAGCUUGAGUUGACGGCAUCCUAUCCUUGGGGAAAUAUCUAAGAAGAGAAGAGGAAGAUUUUUUUCCUUAUCACCUGGAAUAAACACAACAGGCUAAAUACCAAGCAAAAGUGCAUGGUUACAACACAGCACCAGAGCCAUGUGGGAGGACAGUGAUUGGGAAUUCAUAUUUGGAAGCAACAAGUCCAUGUUCUCUGCUGACAUACAGUAAUCUUUCUCCAGCCUUUCACCAGUACUUUUCCUCAGAGGCAGCCCCUGCUAUGAACCUCAGCUCUGUUGGCUUCAGUAGGCGGUCCAAUCUCAGUGCCAGGCACUGUGUGGGCAUCCCACAAGUCUGGGUUUUGCCCACACAGAAAUCACAGAUUGAAUACCCCUGUGCCACUCCUCUGUGUGGCCAAUUUACUGUCUUGUGUUAAAACUGAUCUGUAGCAGAUUUUUGUCUACAUCCUUCCCUGCGUCUUUGCACUCAACAGAAUUAGUCUUCAACUCCUUCGCCACCACCACAAGCACCUCCUUUUGAUCCACCUCUUCUUUAUAAUUUGCUUUCCCAUCCAGCACCAGCACGAGUUCCUUUGUGCUAACGACGUGGUGGAGGACCAUGGGAUGCCGUCAGAGCUCGGAGGAGAAGGAGGCGGCUCGGCGCUCAAGGCGGAUUGACCGCCAUCUGCGCUCAGAAAGUCAACGGCAAAGGCGUGAGAUCAAGCUUCUCCUGUUGGGGACCAGCAACUCCGGCAAGAGCACCAUUGUUAAACAGAUGAAAAUCAUUCACAGUGGUGGCUUCAACCUGGAAGCCUGCAAGGAGUACAAGCCUCUCAUCCUAUACAAUGCUAUCGACUCUCUCACCCGCAUCAUCCGGGCCCUCACAACCCUUAAGAUAGACUUUCACAAUGCUGACCGCGCCUACGACGCUGUUCAGCUCUUUGCCCUCACAGGGCCAGCUGAGAGUAAAGGGGAGAUCACUCCAGAGCUGCUGGGGGUGAUGAAACGUCUGUGGGCAGAUGCAGGGGUUCAGGAGUGCUUUCAGCGCUCCAACGAAUACCACUUAGAGGAUAACACUGCCUACUACCUAAACGACCUAGACCGCAUCUCUGCGCCUGAGUAUAUCCCCACUGUAGAAGACAUCUUACGCUCCCGGGACAUGACCACAGGCAUCGUGGAGAACAAGUUCACCUUCAAGGAGCUCACCUUUAAGAUGGUGGAUGUUGGUGGACAGCGUUCAGAGAGGAAGAAGUGGAUUCACUGUUUUGAGGGUGUGACUGCAAUCAUAUUCUGUGUUGAACUAAGCGGCUAUGACCUCAAACUCUACGAGGACAACCAAACG